CGAGUAGCUCCCUUGCUCUGUCUUCUCACUAUUCCGAAGUCUGUCCGCGCUGCAACUCUCGCGCCUCUUCGCCGCUCGUAUCCCAGGCUCGCGCCAAGAUAAAGGGAUUGGAGGCCUCUUUCUGGUCCCUAUGGCCAAGAGAAAUCGUCAGAAGCAUGGAUUUAAGAACCCCAAGACCCCUGAGAUAUCUGAAGAUGGUGAGAUUGUGAGAAAGAAGCAUAAGGUUGAAGAACACACUUCACAAAGGAUAUCUCCCGAUCCUGCAGAACUCAGUAAUGUGGAUAGCGAUGAUGAAGCAGUUUUUAAAGAGCCUUCUGCCUAUGACAAUUUGUUAGUGACUCUGGGGUCUGGCGGCAAAUAUUUCUCUGAUGCUUACAGAAGAAGACAGAGAGAAGAAGAAGGUAAAAGUGACAGUGAAGAAAAUGAGUACGAUGAUUCCGAUUCUCUUGGUGGAUCUGGCUGGGAUGAUUCUGAAAGAGGAUCUGAUGACGAGUCCCCUAAGAUUGAUGCUAGGGAGAGUAUAAUAGAAAAGUUUGGGGUAGUUGUUGCUGGAGAGGAGGGUGAAGUUGCUGAAAUGGAGAAUGAUCGAGACACAUCUGAGUCUGAGCAAGAGCAUGAAUCACAGGUGCAUUCUAAUGGUGCUGUUGAGGCAUCAGAAUGUGUGAGGAAUAAUAUAGCAUCAGUCUGCACUCAAGUAAAUGCAAUAAUAAAAUCUAGUCCGUGUCAUUCAUACAGUAUGCACUUGGGUCAUCAGAUAUCAAAAGGAGAGAUUGAUGAAUUGUCAAAAAAAAGAUGGAAAUAUAAAUGGGAGGUGUCUGCUGCUGAAAACUGCAAGUGGGUAGGAACUGGAGAGAGCUUUAUAAGGGACGACAACUUAAAACCUGGGUAUGGUCUGAAGCCAAGCUUGUAUAGACACUGGUUAAAUAUCUAUGAGACAUCUGAAGGCAGUGAUUUUCAUACGUCAAAAGAAAGAUUAUUCUUUUCCCUCUGCGACAGCUAUCGAGACAUACUGAACUGCAGCAAGAGGCCUUUUUAUCAUAAGGGCCAUGGAGAAGACUCAAGUACCAUGGACGCAUACAUCAUGCAUUCUUUGAAUCACAUAUUCAGAACUAGAGAUCUUGUGACUCAAAAUGACACGAAAAUGGCCAAACACAAAGAAACAGCAAACGAUGAAAUACUUUCUGGUGGUGGAUUUCUUGAUCAUGGCUUCACUCGUCCCAAGGUUUUGAUCCUUUUGCCCCUUCGUAACAUAGCUUUUCGAGUUGUUAAGAGGCUAAUACAGCUGACACCUUCAAAUCACAAGGUUAAUGUAGAGUACUUGGGACGGUUCUCUGAUGAUUUUGGUGCUGGAGAGGCUCAUGACAACGAGGACGAUGAGGUGUUUCAGGAUGUCCGUGGCUCUGGUCAGAAGUCUUCGAAACCUACUGACUUUCGGGCACUAUUUGAUGGAAAUCCUGAUGAUCACUUUAUGGUUGGAAUUAAAUUUACUAGGAAAAGCAUGAAGCUGUACAGCGACUUCUACACAUCUGACAUGAUUGUAGCUUCUCCUCUCGGUUUGAUUACAAAAAUUGGGGAGGCUGAGAGAGAGAAGGACAAAGAUGUUGACUACCUAUCUUCUAUAGAGAUCCUGAUCAUAGAUCAUGCAGAUAUCAUUGCCAUGCAGAAUUGGUCACAUGUAAAUACUGUGGUUGAGCAGUUGAACUGCUUACCCUCAAAGCAGCAUGGAAUGGAUGUUAUGCGCAUGAGGCAGUGGUACUUGGAUGGAUAUGCAAGGUUCUACCGUCAGUCAAUAGUACUUGGUUAUUUUUUGAAUCCGGAUAUGAAUGCUCUGUUCAACCAGCACUGCCUUAAUUAUGAGGGGAAGGUGAAGUUGGUCUGCGAGUACAAAGGAGUUCUGCCUAAAGUGUUAAUCCAAGCACGUCAGAUCUAUGAACGCUUUGAUGCUGACUCAAUAUCAGAAGCUGAUGAUGCACGGCUUGAAUAUUUUACUAAGAAAGUAUUCCCAAAAAUUAAAGAUUCAAUACAGGGUGGGAUCAUGCUUUUUAUCAGUUCCUACUUUGAGUUUGUUCGGAUUCGGAAUUUUUUGAAGUCACAAAAUGCUUCUUUCUGCCUACUCGGCGAGUACACAAAGCAGAGUGAUAUUUCUCGUUCACGAGUUUGGUUCUUCGAAGGCAGGAAGAAGAUUAUGCUGUACACGGAAAGAGCACACUUUUACCACAGAUAUAAGAUCCGAGGCAUACAAAAUUUAAUAAUCUAUUCUUUGCCUGAGAGGAAAGAGUUAUAUCCAGAGAUUGUAAAUAUGCUUGAGGGAUCCCAUGGCAUGACAAGCACGGUGCUUUUUUCUCGUUUUGAUCAGCUCCGGCUGGAGAGAAUUGUCGGUUCCACCGCUGCGAAGAGGAUGAUAACUUCGGAGAAGAGUGUAUUUGCUUUUUGUUAAUUGAUUAUGGUGGAUAGUAGAACUUAGCGAGUGUCUGAUUCCCAUUUAAGAUUGUUUGCUUAGCCAAAAAGAGAAUAGCAUAGGAUUCCAGGGGUCACCGGGGCAUAUCGAGCCAAUUUUGUGAAACAGAGGG